AUGGCGGUCCUCCACCAAUUCGACUACCUCUUCGCCAUUGGCACCAUCUUCGCAGGCCUCGACGCCUGGAACAUUGGUGCCAACGAUGUGGCCAACUCAUGGGCCACCUCUGUGGCUUCCCAGUCCGUGACCUACCUCCAGGCCAUGGUUCUCGCCUCUGUCAUGGAGUUUGCCGGCUCCGUUGGUGUUGGUGCCCGCGUUGCCGACACCAUCCGCACCAAGAUUGUCGACACGGCUCUCUUCAAAGAUGAUCCCGCUCUUCUCAUGCUUGGCAUGGUCUGCGCUGUUACCGCUUCCUCCAUCUACCUCACCAUGGCUACCAAGAUUGGUCUUCCCGUCUCCACCACCCAUUCCAUCAUGGGUGGCGUCAUCGGCAUGGGUGUUGCUGCCGUUGGUGCCGAUGGUGUCCAAUGGGUUGGCAAGGGUCCCGGUACUGGUGCCAUCAACUCUGGUGUCGUUCAGGUCUUCCUCGCCUGGAUCAUCGCCCCUGGUCUCUCCGCUAUCUUUGCCUCCAUCAUCUUCUUGAUCACCAAGUAUGGCGUCAUGCUUCGCAAGAACCCCGUCUGGAAGGCCUUCAUCUACGUGCCAGUCUACUUCGGUCUCGCCGCCGCGCUCCUUACCAUGUUGCUUCUCUGGAAGGGUGGCAACUACGAGGUCAAGCUCACUGAUUCCCAGCUCCCCGGUGUCAUUGUUGCCGUCGGUGUCGGUUUUGCCCUCCUCAUGUGCGUCACUCUGAUGCCCUGGCUCUACCGCGUUGUCAUGCUCGACGACUGGCAGCUCCGCUGGUACCACAUUCCUCUCGGUCUCCUCCUCCUCCGCCGCGGCCCCGUCCCUGAGAACCCCGACGACGAGUACGAGGAUGAGCCUGUCCAGGAGAUCAGCCCCAAGGAUGAGCUCGCCGCCACCAAGGCCGCCCAGCGUGGUGAUGUCGAGAUCUCUGCCGCCGGUGCGCUCCCCGAGAAGACUGUUGGCGCCGCCGACUCCACCGAUGGUGCUUCUGGCAACGGCGCCGCUGCCCCUGUCCGCCGCAAGAAGCCCUCCGACUUCCGCAAGCCCCACAAGAAGCUCCUCAAGGGCAGACCCGAAGGCAAGUGGUACUCUUUGCCCGUUGUUUGGUACGGUAUCAAGUGGGCUUUCCUCCACGGUAUCGAUCAGGAUGUUGUCAACCUUGCUGGCCAGAAGAGCGCCCUCGCUGGUGAUGUCGAGGAGAUUCACGCCCACGCUGCUCGCUACGACAACAAGGCCGAGUACAUGUACAGCUUCCUCCAGGUCAUGACUGCCGCCACUGCCUCUUUCACCCACGGUGCCAACGACAUCGCCAACGCCAUCGGUCCCUAUGCCACCGUCUUCGAGAUCUGGAACUCCGGCGUGCUCCCCGAGAGUAACAAGGCUGCCGUUCCCACCUGGAUUCUCUGCUUCGGCGCUGCCAUGCUCGUCCUCGGCAUCUGGACUUAUGGCUAUAACAUCAUGAGGAACUUGGGUAACCGCCUCACCCUCCAGUCGCCAUCCCGUGGUUUCUCCAUGGAGCUUGGCUCUGCCAUCACUGUCAUCCUUGCCACCCGCCUCAAGCUUCCCGUCUCUACCACCCAGUGCAUCACUGGUGCCACCGUCGGUGUCGGUCUCUGCUCUGGCACCUGGCGCACCGUCAACUGGCGCAUGGUCGGCUGGAUCUACUUCGGCUGGUUCAUCACCCUCCCCGUCGCUGGUAUCAUCUCUGGCUGCCUCAUGGGCAUCAUCAUCAACGCUCCUCGCUGGGGCUACUCUGGUUAA